AUGGACAUCAGACAAGCGACAAUAGACGACCUGUUGGGGAUGCAGAAUGCCAAUUUGCUCAACUUGCCCGAAAAUUACACCUUCAAAUACUAUCUCUACCACGCCCUCACAUGGCCCGAGCUAUCGUACGUCGCGGUGGAUCCCCAGGGUCGGGUCGUCGGAUAUAUCCUAUCCAAGAUGGAGGAGGAACCCGCUGGCGAGCCUCACGGGCACGUCACCUCAAUAUCAGUGAUCAGACCAUAUAGGCGGCUGGGGCUCGCAAAUAGGUUGAUGAGACAAGCGCAGGAGGCUAUGGUUGCGCACUAUGGAGCGGCGCAGAUCACGCUGCACGUCCGGAAAUCAAAUAGGGCGGCUAUAUCGCUGUAUCGAGAUACGCUGGGCUUUGAGGUUCACGAGGUGCAGAAGUCAUAUUACGCAGAUGGCGAGGAUGCGUACGGGAUGCGGUACGACUUCAAGCAGACCGCAGAAGCGGCAUGA